AAAGAUGACAGUUGCAACUGCCCACGCAGCAAACUGCUUUAUAAAAGGGUCAACUUGACUCCCCCAAAGAAGACGAGUCAGUUGUCUUGCUGGCAUCAUGCAUGCUCUGCACAGAUUUCUGCUUUUUCAUCUUCUGACAUGUCUCGGACAACAUGCACAUGGGAGCGACAUCAUAGAUGGAGAAAAGGCUGCGGAGGGGUCAAUGCGUUAUAUGGUCUCAGUGCAGAACAGCAAUAAUCGUCAUGUUUGUGGAGGAUUCCUGAUCCGUGAAGACUUUGUGGUUACUGCUGCACACUGUGACGCACCGAGUCUUACACAUGUUGUUGUCGGCACCCACAAUCUCAAGAAUGCUAAUGGAAAAAAACUAUCCAUCAAAGAGAAACACAAGCACAACUCUUACACGACUGUAGGAUAUGGUUAUGACAUCAUGCUCCUCAAACUGUCAAACAAGGCUAAACUGGACAACAGCAUAACAAAAAUUCCACUUCCAAGUCCUGGAGAAAACAUAAAAGAUGGUACACAGUGCAAAGUAGCUGGGUGGGGUUACACACGUACUGGUGGUGCAGUUGUUGAUGAGCUGAGAGUGGUGGAUGUGUCGAUCAUUAAACAACAAGACUGUGGGACUGCGUGGGACGGUUAUCUUCCUGCCAAUGUCAUCUGUGCAGGUGGUUCUGGCACAACCAAAGGAUUCUGUCAGGGUGAUUCUGGUGGUCCUCUGGUCUGCAGCGGGAAGGCUGUUGGUGUCGUGUCUUUCAACCAAAGGGGAAACUGUAGAUACCCACAUGUACCAAAUGUCUACACUGACACAUCUAAAUACAUUACCUGGAUCAACGGAAUCAUUAACCGUCCUGAGAACAAACCGUAGGAGCAUAGGUCCUGCACAGAGUUUUGCUUUAGCAUACAUAUAUUUUUUUUUUGUUUGUUUAUUGCUCUUUUAAUGUGACCACAAUUCAUUAUAAAAGUACAACACAAAUGUACCUAACAGCUAUACAGACAUCUCAAAGCUCCUGUUCUGGAUCAACAAGACUCCAAAGGAAAAUAAUUGUUGAAUGUAAUAAUCUCACACAAAGCUUUGCUUCAGCGUACUUUAAUUGUAUUUGGGAAUGGGAGUUGUGU